AUUUUGUUUGGUAUUUUUUAAAUUGUCUUAUAUAAAUUUCACAUUCCACUUUGAUUUUUUUUAAAUACUAAAGUGUGAACCUAAUUAAUAAUAUAAAAAAUGAAUAAUAAACGUGAUUAUGAUCCAUCAUAUUUUGACUCUAACAAUUCAAAUAGUAAUGAUUCAUUCGGACAAAGAAAGCGGAAACGAAAAUCUCGAUUCAGUGAUGAACAAGAAAAAGUAUUUAUACCCGGAUUGCCGACAAUCAUUCCAUCAACAUUAAACAAACAACAGGAAGAGAUCUAUAUUCUUCAAUUACAAAUCGAAACAUUAACUCGUCGUCUACUUACCGGCGAUCUUGGAAUACCGGAAAAUCCCGAUGAAAGAUCUCCUUCACCAGAGCCUGUUUAUAAUACUGAAGGUAAACGUCUCAAUACGAGAGAGUAUCGUACUAGGAAAAAAUUAGAAGAUGACAGACAUUCGCUGGUUUUGAAAAUGAUGGAACUAAAUCCUACUUAUAAACCUCCUGGUGAUUACAAACCACCACAAACCAAAAUUAAUGAAAAGGUUCUGAUUCCUCAAGAAGAAUAUCCGGAUAUUAAUUUUGUUGGUCUUAUCAUUGGACCUCGAGGAAAUACUCUCAAAGGAAUGGAACGAGAUACUGGAGCUAAAAUUAUUAUCAGAGGUAAAGGUUCAGUGAAAGAAGGUAAAUUAGCUCGAAAAGAUGGUCAACCGUUACCUGGUGAAGAUGAGCCAUUGCAUGCAUUUGUAACGGGUCCUACUCAGGAAUCAGUAAUGAAGGCAGUACAAAAGAUUAAUGAAGUCAUUAAAAAGGGUAUCGAAUUGCCCGAAAAUAUGAAUGAACUUCGUCGUAGUCAAUUGCGAGAAUUGGCUCUUUUAAAUGGAACAUUGCGUGAAAAUGAUGGCCCACGAUGUUCGAAUUGUGGUGCUAACAAUCAUCGUUCAUGGCAGUGUCCGGAUAAACCAAAUAUAACCAAUAAUGUAUUUUGUACAAAUUGUAAUGGUGUUGGCCAUCUCGCCAAAGAUUGUAAAGAGAAACGUGUUGAAAAUAAUGUAAAUCAAGCCAAGAUUGAUGAGGAAUAUCUUUCGUUGAUGGCCGAGUUGGGAGAGGCACCACCUGUAUCAGCUGCAGUAACUACAUCUGUUUCAUCUACUCCCAUUCCGUCGAGUCAAAGAACAGCUACUUCCAUACUUGGAGGCCCUUCAACAUCGACAGCUGAUACCAAUAGUUGGGCAAACGGUAGUGGAAUACCACCGCCACCUCCUCCUCCUAUUGUUACACCAACCACUGUUGCUUCGGUGACUACGACCAGUGCUAACGGAUCUUCUAUGUGGCCUAAUGCUGCGGCUUAUUAUGGAUCUUAUGAUCCUUAUAAUGCCGCAGCAUAUGGGGCUCAUAUGUGGGAUCCUUCCGCAUGGACUGCAGCAGCUGCUUCGACUAGUAAUACAACUGAUGGUCAAUCUUCUACAUCGACAAAUUCAACGACGACAACAGUAGCUGGUUAUGGUACUUAUGAUCAGAAUCAAUGGAGCCAAUAUGCUCAAUGGUACGCCGCAUCUAUGGGAAAUGCAACCACAACGACAUCUUCGGGCUUACCUCCUCCACCUCCAUUAGCACCAUCGAUUUCGGCAGUUGGAUCUAUUUAUCCUCCACCACCCCCUCCUUCUCAUAGUUAAAUCUUUAGGUGGUCAUUGAAUAUCAUUUUUAAUCUUAUCAUGUGUGCUUUUUACAUUGAUAAUCAUUUUUUUCUCAGCACAAACAAUGAACCGACGGAAUCUUAUUUAGAAAGAACUUUUUAUUGGAACAGCAUUUAAUUAUAAUAAAUGAAGGCAUGACAAUUUA